GCAAAUUCCCCGAUCAUUAAAUCACUCUUUCUUUUUCCUCUGUUUCUCUCUGUAUCUCAUCGGCUUUUCUUCCCGGUUUUCGCUUCAAGAAAAUCAUCUGCAACUUCCGCCGCAGUCAAAAUCAGGAGAAGAAGAAAGAAGAAAGAAGAAAGAAGAAAAAAGAAAAAAGAAAGAAGAAAAACGAUCCUGUGUAAUCUUUCCGAGUAUUUUGAGUUGGUCGAAAGCGAUUGCCCUAUUCGGCGCGCCGCUUCUCCAAGCUUUCUGUAAAAAUUGAAUCGAUCUUCAUCUUUCUUCAAUGGAAUUGGCGGACAAUCCAAAGUCGGUAAUACCGUCUGGCGAAGUUUAUGGGCUGGAGAAAUCGAUGGAUUCCGGGAAAAUAUUAAUCUCCGAUCAGACAAACAGAUUUCAGAACGAAACAAAACCCGAAAGCUUCGUCAUCGAUAUGGACGGUUUUUCCAACGGUACCAGCAAGGAAAUUUCACAGAAUUCAAGAAUUACAAGGAAUUUUAGCCGUAAAGGUGCGUUACGUGGCGGCAACAAGAUCGCCCAGGAUCAUGCUGCUGAUGAUACAGAUUCUCAUACAGUAGAGUCCAUCUCCCCAUUAGGUAAAGUAAAUGAACUUUCACAACUCCACCACCUUCUGAUGCACGUGCACAACACCUGCAAAUCUCUUACAACAGCCCACAAGGGAAACAUUUACAUUUGGAGCAGAUUUUUAAUUCAAUUUAAUACCAGAGCUUGCUUCUUUUAUCGUUCUUUCCAUUUCCCCCAUACAAAAAUGUCGGAUUUGUUGAUGUUAAAAAAAAAACAAAAAACAAAAAAAGUAGGCGGUGCGGUAUGUGGGUCGGCCACGCUCGAAAAGCAGGCGGUGGGAUUGGGGUCCAGAGAAGAACUGGGCGGCGGCAGCGGCGGCGGCGGCGAAAGGCUGAGCUUUAGAAGAAACAGCUUCAAGCGAUCUCCACAACCUUGCAACUGGUACUUGGACCCCAGGAAGAUCUUUUUGUUAUGCGCCACGCUGUCUUGCGUGGGAACCAUGCUGCUGAUAUACUUGGCGUUUUCAUCUGGAAUGUUGAGCGUAGAAGAAGGGGAGUUUGAUUCAUAGAGGUCAACCUUAUAACCUAAACUGUUGGGUUACAUAUUUUUGCUAAUAUAUAUAUAUAUAUAUAUAUAUAUAAUAUGUUGAAUAGAGAAAGGGAUUAGCAAGUUAGGUUAGCAGUUAGAAUAGUUAAUUGAGAGAUUAAUCAUCCUUGGAAAUGUGUGUAUAUAUGCAUUUGGAAAUUCUUGUGCAUUAUAUUUUCUUUUUAUAUGCUACCGUCUUGCUUCAUUCUUCAUCCUGUAAUUGACCUGUUUAAUUACUAAUUUUUAAUCAGAUUCGUGUGGAAA